CCGUGGUCGGUCAUCAGUGUAGCUCUCGCUAGCUUUUGGUGAAUAUCGCAUCUGCCAACUACUCCACAAAAUAAUCAAACAUGUCUCUUCAACGUGCUGUUCUCGCCAAGAUUGCCGGCAAGCGCAAUCCCGAGAUGGACAAGGAGGCCCAGGAAUGGAUUGAGUCGAUUCUUGGUGAGAAAUUCCCCGCUGGUCAGCAGUACGAUGAUGUGCUUAAGGACGGCCAAGUGCUCUGCAAUCUGAUGAACAAACUAGCCCCCAACUCUGUGGCCAAGGUCAACUCAUCGGGCGGCCAGUUCAAGUUCAUGGAGAACAUCAACAACUUCCAGAAGGCCAUGAAGGAGUACGGCGUGCCAGACAUUGAUGUCUUCCAGACCGUCGACUUGUACGAGAAGAAGGAUAUCGCCAACGUGACCAACACCAUCUUCGCCUUGGGCCGUGCUUGCUACAAGCAUGCCGACUUCAAGGGUCCCUUCCUGGGCCCCAAGCCCGCUGAUGAGUGCAAGCGCGACUUCAGCGAGGAGCAGCUGAAGGCUGGCCAGACCAUCGUUGGCCUGCAGGCUGGUUCCAACAAGGGCGCCACACAGGCUGGACAGAACAUUGGCGCUGGCCGCAAGAUCUUGCUCGGCAAGUAAGCGUGUUGUGUUGAAAAGAGAAAACCCAAGUGCUAUGUAAUUGUUAAGCCUACAGCAAGCAAAACAUUAAACUGAAAACAAAACUAUUCCUCACAAAAACAAACACACACCUACAAAAACACCCACACACAAGCACACAUGCAGUUAAAAUGCAAGGCUUCCAAAAAUCAAUACCAAAGAAAAGUAGUGCCUUAUAUUAAGUAUACGCCUAAGUUUAUUUAUAUAAAAUAAAGAUGUUAUGAAGAGAAGUAA